UGCUGAGGGUUGCACUGUUCAUCCCAACAAGCUGAGUGUCCAAGAGACAGCGAGGGACAGAGGUGUGAGCCCACCUGGGCAGGGGGAGACAGAAUUCAUGGGCUGAUGCACCAAGACCCAGUGAGGAUGUGUUUAAGCUUAUCAGCUUUGGAUAGCAAAGUUCAUGCUUUGUGGCCAGCCAGAAGUGCAUCAGGAAGUGAGAAAGGAAAGGAGAUGAACUGCAGCAUGACAGACGUAGAACCAGCCAUGGCGCAGUAGCGGACGGCUAUGAUUUAGUAGCCAAAAACCCUGUCUGGAUCUGUUUUGAUUCAAGCUGCCUGCAGUUUUGUUGCCUGGAUCAAGACCUCCGCAGUGACAGCGAUUGCUAGCCAGCAACUCCUCGUGCACCCUUGGCUCUUCACCCGUGGAGAGGAAUUGUGCUGACAUUCAACAACUGGCAAUGACCCUCCAUUGCAUCAUCAUCACCAUAAUCACUGGAAAGAAUUGCUGAACUAUAGGCAGAAGCUAACUCUAGCUGACUGGGUUACCAUCCCUGACAGAUGACCACUGACCAGCAAUCCAAAGCAGCACCAGUCAAGAAAGAGUUGUGCCUAUCUACCUCCCAGCUGCAGAUGAGGGGAAUGACCUACCCGUAGCUUCCUAGAGGGGAAUGACUUCUCUCAGCUCUUUUCUUUGCGCCUUAGCCCACCAGAAGGCUCAGCCAUCUCAGCAAGACUUUCCCUGAUCCCUGCUGGGCAUGUCAGCUUUCAAUGCAUCUCAGACAUGCAAGGAUUACAGCUUCAACCACCACCUCCUCCUGCCUGGAUACAUCCUGAUAUUCAUUACAGGUUUGAUGCUGAAUGUGAUGGCCCUGUGGAUAUUCAUCCGCUACCUGCGCCUGAAGUCUGUGGUGAUGAUCUACAUGUUCAACCUGGCUGUGAGCGACCUCACCUUCACACUCCCUCUGCCACUGCGGCUCUACUACUAUUCCAACCACCACUGGCCCUUUGGUAACACCCUGUGCCAGGUCUCUGGUUCCGUCUUCCAGAUCAACAUGUAUGGUAGCUGCCUCUUCCUCAUGUGCAUCAACCUGGAUCGUUAUGUUGCUAUCGUCCACCCACUUCGCUGGCGGCAUCUGCGGCGACCCAAGGUGGCCAAGCUCCUUUGCCUGAUCGUCUGGGUUGUGAUCUUCAUGGGCUCCAUCCCCACAGCCAUAGUCCACAAGCAAAAUCACUGUGAGGUACAGAACAAGACUGUUUAUCUGUGCUUUGAAAGCUUCAGUGACAACAUGUGGCAGAAUAACCUCUUCCCCCUAGUUGUCUUGGCUGAAAUCUUGGGUUUUCUCCUGCCUCUCAGCUGUGUGACAUACUGCUCGAUUCGGAUAUUUCAGGAGCUCUGCCAGGACAGCCAGACAAAAACCCUGCGGCAGCAGAAGACCGUCCGUCUUCUCUUGGUCAAUCUGGUCAUCUUCAUCAUCUGUUUUGUGCCCUACAACACUACCCUGGCAGUUUAUGGGUUGAUAAAGGCCCGGGUGAUGAAGGUUGAGCAAGAAACACAGACCUCUGUGCGCCAGGUGUUAAUUAUGACAAUGCUGUUGGCCAGCAUGAACUGCACGCUGGACCCCUUGAUCUACUACUUCAGUACUGAGGGUUUUCGUAACACCUUUAAGAAACUGCGGCGGGGACAAGCCUGGGACUCAGAUAUAGGGAUGCUUAAGAAUCAAGUUGUGGAGAAUAAGUCAAUCCGAAACCAUACUGUCUCAAAAGUGAAACAGUUCCCAGCUGAAAACUUUAUCCAUCCCAAGGAAUCUCUGUCACCACUUCCUACUGCAGUAUUUUUGAAUGGCCCUAUUGAGGACUCAGAAAUAUAACCACAGAAAGGUCAUACCAUUGCAGAGUUGCAGUCACCCAUUCAAUAAUUUCAGCAAGACUGUGGGAAACUUAGCAGACUGCAUGUGGAUGAAUGUGAUGACACAAAGCUGAAAGACAAAAGGUUGUUUUGAAUAAAUAGAGAUGUCUCGGUGACAUGGUCCCACCUGACUCUUUUGACAGGAAACACAGUAGGGAACAAGGACUUGAAACAAACCCAGUAUGUCCAGGUCUGGUCAGCACAGAUCACUAUAGCAAGUCCAUCCUGCUUGAACAGCUCCCAUCUGCACUUUAGUGUAAAGCAGUUCUGGGGAUAAUCAGAGCACAGGUAUGGUACUCACUGCUGACAGAGUAGUAAUGCCUGGGGGAAACUUUGUUGUUUUUUUUUUAACUAGAUGCUUCAAUUUGAGUCUUAAGUCCAGCUUGGGACACCUAAAGAAGUGUCUUAAUUUUCCAAAAGAGUUGAAGCAUUUAGCAACCCUUGCUGGGGUCAAGAAGAGUAGCUGAGUGUUUAGUAUUCUUGCAGAGAAUUGUUUCCUAAUUGUAGAGUAAGUCACAGAUCUCAGCAGAACAAUCUUUUGGAGGUAUGUUGAAUGUGCUUGUGCAGCUGUACACACACACAUGCAGCACAAUGGCUAUAUAUUUACCUAAAGCAAAACGGCUUGGGAAACACUAGCAUGCUUAAAAAUACACCUGACAUUCAUAAUGGUGCCAGAAAAAAAGAGAGGAUACCAAUACUGUCAUCAUUUCUGAAGCUCACAUCGAUGAUAGUGCUCUGCACUUUCUUGUUGCUUGGCCAUAGGGUGAUUAAUUUCAGGUCUGAAGUGAUUUUCACUGUUAAAAAGAAACGAUGUCACAGAAUGAGACUGCGGUGAAAUAUAUUUGCUUGAACUGUUUGUACAUGCUUUUUCAGCCUGCACUGUAUGCAAAGGCCCUAUAAAUCUCCCCAGAAGCAAGAGAUCCAGCUGUACACAGGCAGGGCAAGAAAACCCAGUUUUUCACUCCUGCUAGUGACCAGGGGUUGCCUUUCCACUUGCAUUGUAAAACAGCCACUCUGUGGCUUCCGACAGGAUUCAGGCUAUCCCAGAGUGGGUCGAUUAUGGUAUAUUUUGGAAAUGUUAAAGGAAGGGUAAGGGAAAGUGACAAGAAAUGCGGUUCAGAGCAAAGUCCUGGUUCUUACACUUCUAAUUUAUCAAUUAAUCUUGUUUCAAUAUGGCUGUUGUGGGAAUAAAUAUAUUGUUAUGCAGCA